GAAGGUCGUGUGGGGCCAUGUGCGCGCGGGGAAUGGUGGUGUCGGCGCCAGGCAAGGUGAUCCUGCACGGGGAACACGCCGUGGUGCUCGGCAAGGUGGCCCUGGCGGUGGCACUGGACCUGAGGACGUUCCUCCGGCUGCAGCCCCAUGCUGAGGGUCUGCUGCGGCUCUGCCUGCCUGGUGUGGGCGUCCAGAGGAGCUGGGACACGGCCUGCCUCGGGGAGCUGCGGGGCAGGAUCGCAGCUGACUUUGAUGAGUCUAAGCCCCCCAGCACAGAGCAGCUGGAUGCACUGAGGGAGUUUGCUGGGAUUGCUGCUGGAGCCUCAGCUCCUGAGAGCCUUGCUACCCUUGCCUUCCUCUACAUGUGCCUGGCUAUCUCAGCUAAGUAUGGGGAUGUGCCAAGCGUGGACAUCCUGGUGUGGUCGCAGCUGCCCACGGGUGCAGGGCUGGGCUCCAGUGCUGCCUAUGCUGUGUGCUUGGCUGCAGCCCUGCUCAUGGCAUGUGGAGCCAUCUCCUGCCCUCUGGAGGAGGGAGAAUCCACAGCCAGGUGGACAGAGGAAGAGCUGAGGCUGAUUAACAGUUGGGCCUUCCAAGGGGAGAGAGUGAUCCAUGGCAAUCCCUCGGGUGUGGAUAAUGCUGUUGGCACCUGGGGUGGAGCCCUGAGAUACCAAUCAGGAAAAAUCACACCAUUGAAGAGGGUGCCAACACUGAGGAUCCUGCUGACCAACACCAAAGUCCCUCGAAGCACCAAGGUCCUGGUGGCUGGUGUCAAGGAGAAGAUGCUGAAGUUCCCUGCAGUAAUGAACCCAGUGCUGGACUCCAUCGAUGCCAUUUCUCAGGAGUGCCAAAGUGUUCUGGAAGCAAUGCCUGCAAAUCCAUCACCAGAGCAUUACCCUGUGCUGGAGGAGUUCUUUGACAUAAACCAACACCACCUGAACGUGCUGGGAGUUGGCCAUCCCUCUCUGGACAGGCUGUGCCAGGUGACAGCAUCCCAUGGGCUGCACAGCAAGCUGACUGGGGCUGGUGGGGGUGGCUGUGGCAUCACCCUGCUGAGACCAGACACCUCCCCACAGGCCGUGGAAGCAGCCAAGCAAGACUUAUGUGCCUAUGGAUUUGAAUGCUGGGAGACCAAGAUUGGGGCCCCA